UCCUCUUCCUGGACCGCCGCCGCUCCUGCGCAUAUCUUCCGCGCAGGACGUUCGUCCCUCCUUCGACUCCUCUCUUGUGCUGCUGCCAGCCGCAGACCUCCACUGCAAACUUGUCUUCGGCUUUACGAACAGACAGUAAUUUGCUACCAACACCAUGUCCGCUGGAAACGCUCAGAUUGGCAAGCCUGCCCCAGAAUUCAAAGCCACAGCUGUAGUGGAUGGGCAGUUCAAGGACAUCCAGCUGUCAGACUACAGAGGGAAGUAUGUGAUCUUCUUUUUCUACCCCCUGGACUUCACAUUUGUGUGCCCCACUGAGAUUGUGGCUUUCAGCGACAGGGCAGAGGAGUUCCGCAAAAUCGGCUGCGAGGUCAUUGGCUGCUCCAUAGACUCCCACUUCAGUCACUUGGCAUGGAUCAACACACCAAGAAAGCAGGGCGGUCUGGGCAGCAUGAAUAUCCCACUUGUAGCAGACCUCACCAAGUCAAUCUCCAGAGACUACGGUGUGCUGAAGGAGGACGAUGGCAUCGCAUACAGAGGUUUGUUCGUGAUCGAUGACAAGGGUAUUUUGAGGCAGAUCACUAUCAAUGACCUGCCGGUUGGUCGCUCUGUGGAUGAGACUCUGCGUCUGGUCCAAGCUUUCCAGUUCACUGAUAAACACGGAGAAGUGUGCCCUGCUGGCUGGAAACCUGGAAGUGACACCAUCGUCCCUGACGUCGAGAAGAGCAAAGCCUUCUUCUCCAAGCAGUAAAAUGUGAAGGUGUUCUAUCCAGCUCAUUUCCUAUCCUUAGCACUUGCCUUCAGAUGAGAGGUGUCCCUGUGAAGAAGUAUCUCAUGGCGUCCAAUCUAUUCUAUUAAAACAAAUUCCACAGCUUCUUUAGAAGGGGGAAAAAACACAUUUUUUGCAGUUAUCUUUGUAUGUCCAGUAUACAAUUGGUGGGGUAACCUCAUAGUCUCAAGCACUGAAAGUAUUGUUGUUUUGUUCCUUUUUCAAACAAAGUAUUGAUAUUUUUCUUUGCUGUCAUUGAUAAUUUGCUACCAUCUUUAUUAAAACAGUGGGAAAACAAUGA